AUGGCGGAAAAGCCCAAGGCACCCACGGUCCCGAAGCCAACGCCCGAGUUCCUGGAGAAAGCGAAGAAGGCGCAGGCGAAGGUGGCAUACGAAGGCGGCUGGGCACUCGGCCUCGAAGGCGGUGGCUUUGCCCCUUGGCCGGCGUCCGAGGGCUUCUUUCGCGGGCUCGAAUCGAUCAAGGUCGGACAAGGCGAUCUCGUACGGCACCACGUCGAUUCGAUCGGUGAGGCCGGGCUAUGCGCAUACUGCUGCCCGUGCUGCAUUCCGCGAGUCUGCUUUGCUUUCCCCCGUGCGCUGUGCGGCCCGCUCAACAACGUUCUCGCGGACGUCUUUACCUGCGCUUCAGGAGUGAUUGCGCUCCAAGUGAUGGGCGUCGACGCAAACAAGCGGACGGCGCUGGACAAGGACUCAAUCAAAGCCGCCAAGGACGAGAGCUUCUGCUGCGCCUGCUUGUGCGACCGCGACUUCGUCACCGUCAAGGACGGGUCGCCACCACCCUACAUCAACUUCCGCUUCGUCGCGCCGGGCAGCAGCGGCAGCCGCGCUGCGGCGACGUACAAAGAGCUCGCGACGAACCUUGACAAGACUGUCCGCGACGAGGCAGGGUACGUGCUCGAGCCCGACGGCGAGGUUGUGCUCACGCCCGCACUACCGCAGUGCGUGACCGAGAAGCGAAAGCAGGAAGAGUACGCCGGGGUCACGUCGAUGCUGUUCACGGCGACCCCCGAUCGCGUGGAGACCAAGUACUUCGCUGGGCCUGUCCCCGCUCAGGGGUGCUGCGGCUGGCUGUGGGGCUGGCCGGCCCUGCCAUUCCCGUCGACUGAUGGGGAUGAGGUCUCCGUGCCCUCGGUCAGGUUCAACUGCGGCGCCUUCCUCCUCAAGGAUGCGGUGGCAGCUGGGACCAACGCUCUGGCGGGGUCAUCAGGCGAGAUCGCCGCCUCCAUCUUGGGAUGCCCUCCCUUCAGCUGGCUUCCGCCGAAGGUUCAGGAGUGGAUGACGAAGAAUCUGGAGUACUCGGCCGACGUGCCUCUUUAUGGCUGGCCCGACGGCAACAUGUCAAAGGCGCCCACCAAGCUGCUAUUCGACGAUUCGGGAUAUUUGCAGUCGAGCAAGAUUGCUCCGGCGGUCGCUCGCGGAGUGACCAAGGUGGUCAACAUGACUAUCCAGUCCUCCCCUGUGGACAAUGUCGCCCUUUGCAUGGGCUUCCCCGUCGGGCUUCCCCCUGGGCUUCCGUCAAGCGCCUACCUGUCGAUGUCGGCGAUCUUUGACGCCGGAGACGUCUCGCAAUCCUGCUACCUCGACGAGUUUUGCAACGUGCCGGACAAGGAGACGGGCAAGUGCGACAAGAACUACCCACCAAAGUAUCCCAUACUAAACGGGCCGUACGGCUCGUGGGGCAAGCGCCCGGAGUACAAAGAUGUUCGAGUCGACGACCCGGAUGACAAAGACAAGUUGGACAAGUUGGUCAAGUUGCCACCCAAGUUCGCCGCGGCCAUCGUGGAGGCCACGGCCCAGUUCUUCGCCUACGACGGCGUCAUCAAGGGCUCCGAGAUCAAGAUGCCUGACUCAAAACUGUCCAUCUUCAAGAGGCAGGGCCCCGAGAUCAUCGUGUUCAACGAUCUCGAAACGAUCGAAAACAGGUACCACGGCGUCGAGCCUACCUCGUCGACAGGGAAGAAAGUCAACUUCCUCGUCUACUCGUAUCCCAGCAAAGACUCAGCGAAGAAUGCUAUGCCGACGCAGUGGGCCCCUUUGGUCAGCGACGACUCCGGCAAGCCACCCGACCCAACAACCAACCUCGGCAAGUGGGGCUAUGACGGCGACGGCAAGACGCAGGGCUACCUCCUCGAGGAAAAGCUCCCCGGCGACGAGCUGCCCCGGCCGACAAUCCCACCGGUAUGGAUGACGGCGACGGACGACCCGAACUUGCCCUUUGGGCAUUACAGCGGCGUGCUCAACCCCGCCUUCGCCAACUUUCCGAACUACUAUCCGCUCGGGAUUUUCCCUAUUGAGGGCAGGUACCCGCCUGACGUCGCCAACCUGGCCGCCGACCUCGCGUGCUGGUCUGUGCGCGCCGCGGCAAAGACGGUGGUUGAGUUUGCCGGGCACGAGCUCGCUGAUUAG